UACCAGAGUUGGAUGUGGAGGCAGAGCCCACAUAAAUGCACUAUUUGACUUUCUCCCGUCAGACGGCGCACAUAAACAAAGUGGCGCUACAACAACUCUACAUUCAGCAAAGAAACAGCAGCACCGGCAGCACGCGGGGAACGGACGCAAACACGUACUUUGUCUUCGGGAGGACUUUUUUUUAAUCUUUCUCCGCCUUAUGUGUACUUUAUCAACAAGUAAGGAGAACACAGGAAACUUUUUUCCCAGUGCCUCUUUAUAAUUAAAAGUUUUUCCUCUUCACUUAUAUACCGCCACUAUUGGCGAAUUUUUAUUUAAUUUUUUUUCUGGAUCUAUAGGAUACUUUUGCGAGGUUUUUAUCACAUGUAAAGACGGAACCGCUACAGCAAAGCAACACAGGAUCGGAAGACCGCGCCAACCCGAGUUCGGAGUCCCGACGAUCGGACGCUUCUUCCACCACGCCCGUCGUGUCCUCUGCGCUCCUGGAGACCUGUCCCGAUCGCAGUCACGCCACCCCUCCAACCGGGACACCCAGCACCAUUCAGCGCGAGGAUACUUCACCAGAUCUAUGGCAUUCUGACAAUGAACAAGCGCGCACAGUUAUUGGAACAGCUGCAGUUUGUCCAGUUGAAAUGCACACCUCGAGACAUGCCCUGUGUGCAGGCUCAGUACGGGCCCGCCCCUCCAGGCUCAUCCUACUCUGGCCAGUCCUUCAGUUACCAGGGCGAUAGCUACAGCUCUGACCUUAUGACACCAGACUACACCAAGCUGGACCUCGGCGGGGGUGAGAUCUCAGCCGCAGCCGCCACCACCUCACUCCCUAGCUUCAACGUCUUUGUAGAGGGGAGCUACGAGCCCAAGUCCUCCUGCUUGUACCAGAUGCCUCCGCACAGGCCCACCAUCAAAAAAGAGGAGGAGAGCUACCCCACUGCGCCACCGCUGGAGGCUUUGUCCUCUUCCAAUAUGUACUUUAAACAAUCUCCCCCUUCCACCCCUACUACCCCCUCUAUGCCGCCCCAGCCUGGCACCUCCUUUGUCUGGGAAGAACACUCACUUGCCCCUCUGUCACACCCCCACUCUCUGGGCUCCAGCCUGGAAACGGGCCCCCUCAAGUCGCCCCGCUUUCCUCAUUUCUACCAGCACUCGCCGCCCCACAGCGGCAGCAGCGUGGGCGGCUACGAGGGGCUCGGGGGAGGACUGGUUCGCACCUCCUCCUCUUCCUCCUCUUCCUCCUCCUCUGUCUCACAUCCUCACGGCCCACCUCUGGAGCAGCCCAUGUACCAGCUGCACCGUGGAGCCGGGGGCAGCAGCUUCACCUUCCGCUCCCUGGCUCUUGGGCCCUGCGCACCCCUACUCGGAGACAGCCUGCCCUCACCUCCCCCACGGGGCGGCCAAGGAGAGGGCACCUGUGCGGUGUGCGGGGACAACGCGGCCUGCCAGCACUACGGCGUUCGAACUUGUGAAGGCUGCAAGGGUUUCUUCAAGAGAACUGUGCAGAAAAACGCAAAGUACGUGUGUCUGGCCAGUAAGAACUGUCCUGUGGACAAGAGGAGGCGCAACCGCUGCCAGUACUGCCGCUUUCAGAAGUGUCUGAGUGUGGGCAUGGUGAAGGAAGUGGUACGCACUGAUAGCUUGAAGGGGCGCCGAGGCCGUCUGCCUUCCAAACCAAAGAGCCCCUUGCAGACAGAAGCAUCGCCUCCUUCUCCACCCCUCAGCCUUCUCUCUGCUCUGCUCAGAGCUUAUUCCCACUGCACACCCCGUGACCUCGACUACAGCCAGUUCAGCACAGCAGAUCCUCCUUCAUCCUCCUCAGACGCUGAGCACAUCCAGCUCUUCUACAGACUGCUCACCCUCUCAAUGGAGACCACACGGUGCUGGGCAGACCGACUGCCCGGGUUUUCUGAGCUUCAGCGUGAGGAUCAAAACCUGCUAAUAGACUCUGCCUUCCUGGAGCUGUUUGUCCUGCGAUUGGCUCACAGGUCAGUGCUGUCAGAGGAUAAGCUGGUUUUCUGUAAUGGAUUGGUGCUGCACAGGUUCCAGUGCCUUCGCGGUUUCGGAGAGUGGUUGGACUCCAUCCGAGACUUUUCCACCCACCUCCAAAGCCUAAACCUGGACUCCUCCGCCUUCGCCUGCCUGGCUGCUCUUGUGCUACUCACAGAGCAAGUUCCGGGUUUGAAGGAUGCGAAACGAGUCGAGGAGCUGCAGAAUAAAGUGCUGUGUUGUCUCAGAGACCACCUGAGCUGCGGCUCUUCUUCCUCUUCGUCCAAGGCCGUGCCUCCUCUGAGUCGUGUACUGGGUUUAAGGGCGGAGCUUCGGUCUCAGAGGACCCAAGGUCUUCAGCGGAUCUUCUACCUGAAGCUGGAAGACCUGGUACCGCCCCCUCCUCUGAUUGACAGGUUCCUGGACACACUGCCCUACUGACGGACAGGCUGACGACACGGAGAGAAAAAUGUGUCACAUCCUGUUUAGGCUUUCCCCCCAAAGGAGAAUGCACAGACAUCCAGAAGAGAGACUCAUUACCCUCUGACUCACGCAGAGCAGAGAGAGAGA